UUAAAUAGUUAUGAUCUUGACGACCAAACGUGGCAUAUUGUUGAAGUUUCUGAAGAUAGUCAGGUAAUUAUAUUAUGAUCUAUUGUGCCCUAGUAUAAUUUGAGUAUUGAAAAGUGGCCUUUGAGCAUUCUGAUUGGCUACCCUCAGCAGUUUACUCUUGAGACAAUAGUUACUCCACUGAGCAGUAACUUUUCCUAAAAAAAUAGAUGAAAAUCAGACGGAAGUAAAUUAUUUAUGCACAUUAAUUUAUAUUCAUAAAAUAAACACGUGCAUUAGUUGUAUUUAUUGUAUAAAACUUUUUCAAUACUGAAAUUAUACUAAAACAAUUAGUCGCCUUCGGCUCGGUGAAUAUGGGCUUGUAUUCACCUUUCUGCAAUCUGAUUGGUUAACUGUAGUGCAAUUUUUCAUUAAUGAUUUGACGGACAAAAUGGCGGUUCGUUUUGUAGACACAAUUAACGAGGCUACAAUUCACUUACUUUAAACAAAAGUAAAAAAUGAAAGUACACAAAAAAGCACUGUCCUAAAACUCGCUUGCUGAACUUUCAGUAUUUUGGCAUGAACGAUUGUUUGUGGACGAAUCAGUAACUUGCGAUUCGCUUUAUAUGUCUGCUUCGCUUGGAUAUUGGAUAACUAGUUUAACUUCUCAUCAAUCUUAAACCAUUUACUGUCAAGGAAGACGCUUAUAGUUUUUUCUUGUACAUAGUUUAGAUGUGUAAAUGAACCAGAUCUUGUUCAUUUCAGCCGUGUUCUAAUACCUAGUCAUUUCCUGUUCCAUGUUUGAAAUUACUGGGUCUUGCAGGCUAUAGAAAGUUUUUAAUCGCUUUUUGCGUCUCCAUUAUUCAAGAUAGCAUUCAAACACGACUUUUUACCAAAAAUUCACUGAAUUUUUAAAACCUCCAAAAGUUUUACUGAAAAAAUCUGGUUACUAAAAUUUUUCCAAAAGUGGCGAAAUUUUACCGAUAGUAAAAUACUUUACCAAAUCUGGAAACAAUGUUAAAAUAUUUUUCUCUAUUUUCAGGUUCCUCAUGGCAGGCUGUUCCAUGCUGCUGACGUCAUUGAUGACGCAAUGUAUAUUUUUGGCGGGACUCUGGACAACAACAUCCGAAAUGGGGAAAUGUAUCGAUUUCAAGUAAGGCUAUUUUUAGAGGGAGGGGUGAAUACAAAUUAAGUUUGUGUCCGUUUAGAACUGAUAGAGCCAUCCAGUGCCUGUAGUAACACUGGAUCAAUAAGAGAUGAUCCUUGCUGGACCUCUAGGAAGAACAGUUUAGAACUGAUAGAGCUAUCCAGUAUAAAUAAAGUUAGUUUAGUAAAAGGUUUCCUCCUGUAGUAACACUGGAUUAAUAAGAGAUGAUCCUUACUGGACCUCUAUAGGGAGAACAGUUUAGAACUGAUAGAUCUAUCCAGUAUAAAUAAAGUUAGUUUAGUUUAGGUUUCCUCUUGUAGUAACACUGGAUCAACAAGAGAUGAUCCUUGCUGGACCUCUAGGGAGAACAGUUUCGAACUGAUAGAGCUAUCCAGUAUAAAUAAAGUUAGUUUAGUUUAGGUUUCCUCUUGUAGUAACACUGGAUUAAUAAGAGAUGAUCCUUACUGGACCUUUAGGGAGAACAGUUUAGAACUGAUAGAGCUAUCCAGUAUAAAUAAAGUUAGUUUAGUUUAGGUUUCCUCUUGUAGUAACACUGGAUUAAUAAGAGAUGAUCCUUACUGGACCUCUAGGGAGAACAGUUUGGAACUGAUAGAGUUAUCCAGUAUAAAUAAAGUUAGUUUAGUUUAGGUUUCCUACUGUAGUAACACUGGAUCAAUAAGAGAUGAUCCUUACUGGACCUCUAGGGAGAACAGUUUAGAACUGAUAGAGCUAUCCAGUAUAAAUAAAGUUAGUUUAAUGAUGUAUAUUUUUAUAGUUCUCUAGUUACCCAAGAUGUACUUUGCGAGAUGAUUUUGGAAGAUUACUUGAUAGCAAACAAUUUUGUGACCUCACAUUUAUCGUUGGAAAGGUAAUAAAGCUUUCAUAAGGAAAAUUUCAUCCCACUUGACGGAGAUUCCACCUAGAGCAAUGUUAGGAUUAGCAUUUCGAUUAAGGGUAUUGUAAUUGUAGACCCAUUACAAGCCAAUACCUCUGUGUCAAUACUUUAUUGCAUACAAUUGCUUUUCAACGACAAUGGAUUAUUGAUUACAACGUGCGGAACGGCUGAAUAUUAUUAUUUCGUAUUAUUAUACAGGAAGAUACUGAGAUAGAUGCUCACACAACCGUCGUGGCAUGUCGUUCAAGCUGGCUCAAAAAGAAAAUCGAGCAAGUUAAAAAGGUAUCAACUUUUAUUAAAAUAAUGUACAUGCAUGAGAUGGUCAAAAGUCUUCUGUGUAAUCCAGUUAAAUGUUCCGUAUGAAAUUUGGGUCGCCUUAAUUCAAACUCUGUUUCAACACAAUCGAAGUCAAGUUUAAAUCCAAUUCAGUGAAAAUCCAAUCUACAAGUAGUGUUCAAUGCAGUUAGUGAAAAUCUCGUCUAAAUCUAAUCUAAAUUUAAUCAAAAUCCAAUCAAAACCAACUCAAAUAUCCUCUAAAUCCAAUCCAAAUCUCGUCUAAAUUUAAUCCAAAUCUCGUCUAAAUCUAAUGCAGUUAAAAUCCAACCGAAAUCUGCUCUAAAAUCCAAUCAACAUCUCAUCUAAAUUCAAUCAAACUCUAGUCUUUAUCCUGUCCGAAUACAGUCUAAAUCUAAUGUAGUUAAAAUCUAAAUCUGAUGAAAAUCUUGUUUAAUCCAUUUCAGUCUAAUCAUAUUCAAGUGCAAUUUAGCCCAGCCCAAAACCACCAUGUAUUUACCAUGUACUUGUCCUUUGAAUAUAGCUCGAGACUAAUUCGUCGGACACGUCAAGUGAAAAACUUAAGAUAACCAUCGAUGAUGUCCAGCCUGAAGCUUUCUUGAUUGCCUUGAGGUUCAUGUACACCGAUUCCAUAUACGCCCUUGUCAAAGGUAUAGUUUCAGUUUAAG